GGGCUGACAUGUCAUUUGAGCUAGAGGAAGGCAGGGGCAAACUUGAGACAGGACUUGGGAAGGACUGACUUGGAUCUCUCUGAGCUUGCAAGCUUUUUAAAGAAAUCCGUGGAGAGGUGUGAGUGUAUGUGUGUGUUUGCAUUAAAGCCCUAAGAAGAAAGGCAUUACUUACAUAACGUGACUUUACAUCUGCCAGGCUUUCACCACACGUUUGUGCUAACAGGAAGAAUGCUGGAACAUUGCCUUACAUUUUGCCGCUCCCUUGUGAGGAGGAAGAAUGUGGACCAGGACUGUCUGGAGGAGUCCAAGCUGUGCCGCUGCCUCUCUACUGUCGAUCUCAUUGCCCUCGGGGUGGGAAGUACACUGGGGGCCGGUGUCUAUGUGCUUGCUGGGGAGGUGGCCAAAGGCAAUUCUGGCCCCAGUAUUGUGGUUUCCUUCCUCAUCGCAGCUCUAGCAUCUGUGAUGGCCGGCCUGUGUUAUGCUGAGUUUGGUGCACGGGUACCCAAGACGGGCUCGGCCUAUCUGUACAGCUAUGUGACCGUGGGGGAGCUCUGGGCCUUCAUCACAGGAUGGAACCUCAUUUUGUCAUACGUCAUUGGAACCUCUAGUGUGGCACGUGCCUGGAGUGGGACGUUUGAUGAGCUUAUAGGGGGUCACAUUGAAAAGUUCUGCAAAUUUUACUUCAAAAUGAAUUUUCCUGGCCUGGCAGAGUACCCUGAUUUCUUUGCUGUCUGCCUGAUCUUACUACUGUCAGGUCUUCUCUCCUUUGGGGUGAAAGAAUCAGCUUGGGUCAACAAAAUUUUCACAGCUGUAAAUGUGCUGGUGCUGAUCUUUGUUAUUAUCUCUGGAUUCGUCAAAGGAGAUGCGCUCAAUUGGAACAUUUCAGAAGAAUCUCUCAUAAACAUCACCAUUGUCAGAAGGAAUUUCUCACACACUGUUAAUGUCACCAGCGAUUACGGGGUAGGGGGCUUUUUGCCUUAUGGCUUUAGCGGGACACUUGCUGGCGCGGCCACAUGCUUUUACGCCUUUGUGGGAUUUGACUGCAUUGCAACCACAGGUGAGGAGGUGAAGAAUCCCCAGAGGGCUAUUCCCAUUGGUAUAGUUGUUUCCCUGCUGGUCUGCUUCCUUGCCUACUUUGGAGUGUCAGCGGCACUCACCCUCAUGAUGCCCUACUACCUGCUGGAUGAGAGAAGUCCUCUACCUUUGGCUUUUGAAUAUGUGGGCUGGGGGCCUGCAAAAUAUGUAGUAGCGGCAGGAUCGCUCUGUGCUCUCUCAACCAGUCUGCUGGGCUCCAUUUUCCCAAUGCCGCGUGUAAUCUAUGCUAUGGCACAGGAUGGGGUGCUUUUCAAAGUGUUAGCCCAAAUCAAUCCUAAGACGAAGACCCCUCUUAUUGCUACAAUGUCUUCAGGUGUAGUUGCAGCUAUCAUGGCUUUUCUGUUUGACUUGAAAGCGCUGGUGGACAUGAUGUCUAUUGGAACUUUGCUGGCGUACUCAUUAGUGGCUGCUUGUGUUCUUAUCCUCAGGUAUCAGCCUGAUGCUGGGUUUGAGAAGUCUAGGAUCAAUGAGGGCAAGGAAGAUGUUGGCGAGUCUGAGCUGACAGAGUCUGAGUCUCAUCUGAACAUGCUGAAGGAUAGAGGUGUAACCCUGCGCUCUCUGCUCAACCCUCCACUGCUGCCCACCGAACAGACCUCCUCUGCCGUCAAUGCAUCUGUUAUCAUCAUGGUGCUAAUUGUUUGUGUUGUGAGCACACUCAACACAUACUACGGACAGGCCGUUAUUGCCAUGGAGCCUUGGGCCCUGGGGGUCUUGGUCGCAUCUUUGUUCAUCUUCAUCAUGUGCAUCCUUCUAGUUUGCAGACAACCUCAGACGAGGAAGAAAGUUUCUUUUAUGGUUCCUCUGUUGCCCUUUCUACCCAUCUUGAGUAUAUUUGUCAACGUGUAUCUCAUGGUUCAGCUCAGCGGAGACACGUGGAUCCGUUUCUCCAUCUGGAUGGCCAUAGGCUUCCUCAUUUAUUUUGGAUAUGGAAUGUGGCACAGCGAUGAACGCAAGAGGCAUAAGCAGAACUGUGGUGUUGCAACGGAGAAAAAGAUACUGACAUGCAGUGUGGAGUAUGUGACACAAACAGAGAAGACUAGCCCAUGUUAAGGAGCAGCAAACAAACUGACAGUAUCUAGCUGUUAUCUACAGCAUUCACCGACCAGCUGACUGGCUCUGCAUUCAGCUCUGCCUUUACAGUCACUGCCAUCAUGAACAAUCACUGCAGCACUUCAGUGCUGAUGCUGUCACUCACAUGUGUUGUGAUCAUAUCAUGUACAUUAGGGGUGCAUGAUCUGACAAUGAAAAUUCAAUGUAUUGACUAUGGAAUUGCCUCUAUUUAUACACUCUAAGGGCGUUUUUCAGAACUGUAGAUCGCUUGCUUCGUUCCCACACAGGGAUUGUUGAAUUGUUUCAAAGUUGCAAUUUCUUAUUGGUGAAAAAUUUACAGCCCUGUAGGACAUGCGAGCAAUUUGCUUUAAAUGUGUUUGGAAGCAAAACGGAAAGCGUGUUUUAAUUUUCUAUAAAGUAUUAAGAUUUCCACAGUCAGUAUCUCAAGGUUAUUUCCAUUGUUAGUUUCAUAAAUUAAGGGAGAAAAAUAUACUAAGCUUAUAUACUAAAGGUAUGGGACAAAUGGUAAAGUGGCAUUAUCAAAUAAUGUGGAACAUUAAAAUAGAUAUUGGUAAAACAAAUAAUUGCAGAUAUUGGUGAACAUCCAGCUUUUCUUUUUUUUUUUUUUUUUACUAAAGUUUUUGAUUCUAAGAAUUAUGAUUAAUUCUAUUGACCAUAUCUUACUGUAUGUGCCAGAGAUGUUAAGCUGCUUAGAUAACACUAUUUCCUGUAUUAUGAUAAACACUAUACUUCUUAUUUUUAUCUAUGUUACAUUUGUUUUAUGUAGUUAUUGUUACAUUUUUGACAUAUCCAAUCUACAGUAUUCAAAGGUCAACCUGUUGUUUAACAACCAGGUCUGAUGAUGUUGAAGAGGAGCAAGUUAUGUAUGUAAUCAGUGUUUUGUCUUGUAAAAUGACCUUUUUUCACUUUAUUUACUUAUAUAUUUGUUAGACUUUUUCAGAAACUUUUUUUGAUGAAUAAUUAUUAGUCUACACUACAUAGUUCACCGUAGUCAUUCAGUAUAUGAAAAUCUGUGUGAGCCAGUUAAAUACAUGAUGCCAGCAGUGGUCUAAGAAUGGACAACCUGCGCAUCUAAAAGUGUUUCUUCUGCUAACUAGCACUCAAGUUCUUCUCUGCCUUAAACACUCUGUGUAAAUGCAAUGUAAAUGAGUCAUGAGAGGCUAAGAUUGUGACACAAGGAUUAAUAAAAAUGUGUUAAAGGGACUUUGAAAUU